CCCAGAAAACACUCUCUUUCUCUGAAUCUCUCUCACUGCUUUCUGGGUUUUUCUUGAAUCCUCGCUCUCUCUUUCUCAUUGAAGCGAGGAGAUUGGGAUUUCCAUGGAGAAUAGUGCAAGAACUGGGCUGCAUGAAAUUAAUUUGGCGUCAAGAAAGGCUGAAGAAGCAGCUUGGAGGCGAUACCAAGCUGUCAGUUGGCUCGAGAGCUUGGUGGGUCCGCUCGGCAUAUCGAAACAGCCAUCGGAGAGGGCAUUCAUUUCUUGCUUGAGAAAUGGCCUGAUCCUAUGCAAUGCCAUCAACAAAAUUAACCCAGGAACAGUGCUCAAGGUUGUGGAGAAUCAAGCACAUUUACAAUGCGGGGAAUCUCAGCCAUUGCCUGCCUUUCAGUACUUUGAGAAUGUCCGGAACUUUUUAGUGGCUGUCGAAGAGCUGAAGCUGCCCGCUUUUGAAGCUUCUGAUCUUGAAAGGGAUGCAUUAGAGGCAGGGUCAGUGGCCAAGGUUGUUGAUUGCAUCUUGGCACUUAAAUCAUAUCAUGAAUGGAAACAGAUGGGCUGUAGAAAUGGAUUUUACAAAAAUGUGAAAUCUCCUUUGGUCAUGCAUUCUGCCGGUAGGACGCAUACAAGAGCCUCAGCUACAACCUCACUGGACUCCUGCAGGCGCUUAGAUAUGUCUGGAACAUCUGAGAAACAGCCACCUUUUGAGGGUGACAAUCAGAAACUUGAAGCGGAUAUUGUAAAGUUACUCACUGACUGCAUGGUCAACUCAAAGGAAAAUAUUGAUGACAGCCUCCUUGCUUCCUUCAGGAACAGAAACCUGGAUCCAGUAAAGCUACUCAGCAGAAUUAUGUCAAGUUAUUUGGAGGAACAGGAUCCAAGCAAGUUCCCUGAGUUGCAAGUAAAUUUCAAAGAUUUAUUGGAAGAAAGAAGUCACUCACCUCAACAAUCAACAUUUACGCCUUUGGAGGAUAUAUCUGCACUUGAAAAUUUGAAGUGUUCCAAAGCACGCUUGAGAAAAGGUAACUGCAAUCACAGGAAUCUAUUUAAAAUGCAAGAGAAGGAACUUUUUGAUCUCAAGUCUCUUUUAUCAUCAACAAAGAGGGAGUUCGAACACUUACAGUCCCAGUUGCAGAGAGAUUUGAAAGACCUGGAAAGUCAGGUACAGGAGUUGUCCUUUGCUGCUAGUGGAUAUUACAAGGUUGUGAAAGAGAACAGGAAUUUAUACAACAUGGUCCAGGAUUUGAAAGGUAACAUUCGAGUUUACUGCAGAAUUAGGCCCUCCUUCACUGCUGAAGCCAAAACUGUGAUAGAUUUCAUUGGAGAGGAUGGCUCACUUGUGAUCUUAGAUCCAUUAAAGCCCCAUAAAGAUGGAAGGAAAGUUUUUCAGUUUAACCGGAUGUUUGGUCCAACUGCUACUCAAGAUGUGGUUUUUAAGGACAUCCAACCAUUAAUUAGGUCCGUGGUGGAUGGUUACAAUGUAUGCAUUUUUGCUUAUGGUCAAACUGGAUCCGGAAAAACACAUACCAUGAGUGGUCCAUCAGGUGGGUCAACAAAGGACAGGGGGAUUAAUUUUCUUGCUCUCAACUAUCUCUUCCAGAUGUCUGAUAGAAGGAAAGACAUCAUAAAUUAUGACAUUCAUGUCCAGAUGGUUGAAAUAUAUAAUGAGCAAGUACGGGACCUUCUUGCAGAAGAUUCAUCAACCACCAAAUUAGAAAUUCGGAGCUGCACUAGUGAUAAUGGGUUGAGUCUUCCGGAUGCUACUAUAUGUUCUGUUAAGUCUACCACGGAUGUUCUGAACCUAAUGAAACUUGGUGAGGUGAAUCGUGUUGUCAGUUCUACUGCAAUGAACAACCGAAGUAGUCGUUCCCACAGUGUCCUCACAGUACAUGUGCAUGGAAAAGAUACAUCUGGUGGCAUUCUCCGUAGUUCUCUGCAUUUGGUAGACCUUGCAGGAAGUGAACGAGUGGACAAAUCUGAAGUUACCGGAGACAGGCUCAAGGAGGCACAGUAUAUUAAUAAGUCUCUUUCUUGUUUAGGGGAUGUUAUUAUGGCCUUGGCUCAGAAAAACACCCACAUCCCUUACCGAAACAGCAAGCUCACACUUCUCUUACAAGACUCCUUAGGUGGACAUGCUAAGACUUUAAUGUUUGCUCAUGUGAGUCCGGAAGAAGAUUCUUUUGGUGAAACAGUUACUACUCUGAAGUUUGCUCAGAGGGUUUCAACUGUUGAACUUGGUGCUGCUCGUUUGAACAAGGAGAGCAGUGAGGUUAUGCAACUCAAAGAACAGAUUGAGAGCCUUAAGAAGGCAUUGGCAAACAAAGAAGCACAGAGUAUACAGUUCAAAAAGGAGCCAAAAUCUCCAUAUGGAAAACCAAGAGUAGUGACAGAGAGAACUCCACCACGUCCUCGAAGACUAAGCAUUGAGAAUUGUGGCACCAUGAAGAGUGAAAACGCCAUGAAUAUUGAAGAUAGAAAGGGAACCCCUUCUGUACCAACUCGUUCAAGAAGAUUGAGUUUGGAAGGCCCAAGAUAUAUUAAGAAGGAUAAUUUGCAGAUAAAAGUUUCAGAUGAUGUAAGCAAGCCUCUAUCAUUCGAUGCUGUGUCAGUGCAAAAGUAUGGUCAUAUUCAAGAUGCAGAAGCAGUCACGAAGUCUUAUGGGCAUUUCAGCAAUGGUGGUUCUAUGACAAGGGAGGUCUCUCAUGCCAAGCCUCCUCAAAGUCCUACUAGUACCAUCUAUCAGAAGCGAGUUACAAAAACAGGUGGUAUAACACAAAUUUCUACUCUUCAACUACCCAAGACACCUGAGCCGCCAGUAAUGGCCAGAAAUGAGGUCCAGAUUGUGAUGCAAAGUGAGCUUAGUCUUCCUACAGACUGCCAGACACCCAACUUAAUUAGUAGCGUAAAUGGUAAGGGAUCUCAAAUAAGGAGAUCGCUGCGGACAAUUGGAAAAUUGAUUAAUGGCUCUGAGAAGAGGCCAAAUUGCAGGAACCAACAGAAUCGGAUGGAACCACGGUCACCCAUCAAAGUUGCAAUAAAUAUUAACGACGCGAAGUCGCCAGUGACUGCUAAUGCUAGGACACAGAGGAGGCAAUCACUAACCGGCAUCCAACCAUCAGGAUCUGACAAGUCCCGAAGAUCAUAUCUUGGAGGGAAGCCCAUUGACUCUAAUGCAAAGGACCAGACACCUCUUUCACUCCAACCACCAACGAAGAUUACUAAACGGUGGCAAUAGAUAGUAUGAUAUUUGGUGAAGAUGACUGCAGUGGUGCUUUGACUCGAAGCAUUCUAACAGAUGCUGACAAUUAAGCUACAACAACUCAAACAAUUGCUUUGAUGGAGUGAUCUGACACUAUUAACACACAGUCUAUGUAGAGAAGGAAUAGAAUAUCAAAUGAGAUGAACUUUCUGCUGAUUGUGACCUGAUUCAUAAUUGAUCUACUCGUUAUGAAGCCAAGUUUUGACUCCAAAAUGUCUUUGCUUUCUUGUAACUGAUUCUUCAUCACUUCAUGUAGAAAUACCAUAUCCCAGUUACUGUGUAUCUUUGAAUUUUCCUUAAUAA